AUGGCAGACCAACAUACACCCGAGGUGGACCUCGACAAUGUCAUUGACCGUCUUCUUGAAGUUCGCGGCUCGAGACCGGGCAAGCCAGUGCACCUCGAAGAGUACGAGAUCAAGUACCUCUGCCUCAAAGCGCGCGACAUCUUCAUCAACCAACCCAUCCUUCUCGAGCUCGAGGCACCCAUCAAGAUUUGCGGCGACAUUCACGGGCAGUACUACGAUCUGCUGCGCUUGUUCGAGUACGGUGGUUUCCCUCCAGAGGCGAAUUAUCUGUUCCUGGGAGACUACGUUGACAGAGGAAAGCAGUCACUAGAGACUAUUUGCCUCCUCCUCGCGUACAAGAUCAAGUACCCCGAAAACUUCUUCAUCCUCCGCGGCAACCACGAGUGCGCGUCCAUCAACCGCAUCUACGGCUUCUACGACGAGUGCAAGCGCAGAUUCAACAUCAAGCUGUGGAAAACGUUCACAGACUGCUUUAACUGCCUGCCCAUCGCAGCCAUCAUCGACGAGAAGAUCUUCACGAUGCACGGAGGAUUGAGUCCGGAUUUGCAGAGCAUGGAGCAGAUUAGGAGGGUAAUGAGGCCGACGGAUGUGCCGGAUACUGGCCUGCUCUGCGACCUCCUCUGGUCAGACCCGGACAAGGACAUCUCCGGAUGGUCCGAAAACGACCGCGGCGUCUCCUUCACCUUUGGCCCGGACGUCGUUUCCCGCUUCCUCCAGAAACACGACAUGGACCUCAUCUGCCGCGCACACCAAGUCGUAGAAGACGGCUACGAGUUCUUUGCAAAGCGACAGCUCGUCACCCUUUUCUCUGCGCCGAAUUACUGCGGAGAGUUCGACAAUGCCGGAGCGAUGAUGAGCGUGGAUGAUAGCUUGCUGUGCAGCUUCCAGAUCUUGAAGCCGGCGGAGAAGAAGAACAAGUACGUGUAUGGGGGCAUGAAUAGUGGGAGACCGGUGACGCCGCCGAGGAAGCAAAAGAAGGGGAAGGAGGGCAAGUAA